CAGAGACGCCCAGAGCCGGCCCGCGCUGGGGCACCUCGGAGGGAGCGCAGGAACCUGUGAGGCUGAGGAUGUCGGAGUCCUCCGAGACCGCUUUCGGAGGCAGGAGAGCCAUCCCCCGCAACACCUCCAAUGCAGCAGAGAACGACCCCCCCACUGUGGAGCUGCAGGGCCUGGUGCCCCGGGGCUUCAACCCGCAAGACUACCUUAAUGUUAUGAAUGUUCACCUGUUCAAGGAGAGGUGGGAUAGCAACAAAGUGGACCACCACACCGACAAAUACAGCAACAACCAGCUGAUCGUACGUAGAGGACAGUCUUUCUACGUUCAGAUCGACUUCAAUCGUCCCUAUGACCCCAGAAAGGAUUUCUUCAGGGUGGAGUAUGUCAUUGGUCGCUACCCCCAGGAGAAUAAGGGAACCUACAUUCCAGUCCCUGUGGUCUCUGAGCUGCAGAGUGGCAAGUGGGGGGCGAAAGUCGUCAUGAAAGAGAACAGGUCUGUCCGUCUGUCUGUCCAGUCUUCUCCAGACUGCAUUGUGGGGAAGUUCCGCAUGUACGUGGCUGUCUGGACCCCCUAUGGGGUCAUCCGCACCGCCCGAAACCCCGAAACGGACACAUACAUUCUCUUCAACCCUUGGUGCGAAGAGGAUGCUGUGUACCUGGAUAAUGAAAAAGAAAGAGAAGAAUACGUCCUGAAUGACAUCGGGGUUAUUUUUUAUGGAGAAUUCAAUGACAUCAAAAGCAGGAGCUGGAGUUAUGGUCAGUUUGAGGAGGGCAUCCUUGACACUUGCCUGCACGUGAUGGACAGAGCGAAUAUGGACCUUUCCGGCAGAGGCAAUCCCAUCAAAGUCAGCCGUGUUGGGUCUGCCAUGAUCAAUGCCAAGGACGAUGAAGGCGUCAUCGCUGGCUCCUGGGACAACGUCUACGCUUACGGUGUUCCCCCAUCAGCCUGGACCGGCAGUGUGGACAUCCUGCUGGAAUACAAGAGCUCUCAGGAACCAGUCCGCUAUGGCCAAUGCUGGGUUUUUGCUGGUGUCUUUAAUACGUUUUUGCGAUGCCUGGGGAUACCAGCGAGAGUCGUCACCAACUAUUUCUCAGCCCAUGACAAUGAUGCCAACUUGCAAUUGGACAUUUUCUUGGAAGAAGACGGGAACGUGAACUCCAAACUCACCAAGGAUUCAGUGUGGAACUACCACUGCUGGAACGAAGCCUGGAUGACGAGGCCGGACCUUCCCGUUGGGUUUGGAGGUUGGCAAGUCGUGGACAGCACCCCCCAGGAAAACAGUGAUGGGAUGUAUCGGUGCGGCCCCGCCUCUGUUCAAGCCAUCAAGCACGGCCACGUCUGCUUCCAGUUUGACGCACCCUUCGUUUUUGCAGAGGUCAACAGUGACCUUGUUUACAUUACAGCUAAGAAAGAUGGCACUCAUGUGGUUGAAACCCUUGAUACCACCCACAUUGGGAAAUUAAUUGUGACCAAAGAAAUUGGAGGAGAUGGCAUAAAGGACAUCACGGACACCUACAAAUUCCAGGAAGGUCAAGAAGAAGAGAGGCUGGCCCUGGAAACCGCCCUGAUGUAUGGGGCCAAAAAGGCCCGCAACACAGAGGGCGUCCUCAGAUCCAGGUCUGAUGUCCACAUGAACUUCGAAGUAGAGAACGCCGUGCUGGGCAGGGACUUGAAGGUGAUCAUCACCUUCCGGAACAACGGCUCCACGCGCUACACUGUCGCAGCCUAUCUCUCCGGCAACAUCAGCUUCUACACUGGGGUCUCCAAGGCGGAAUUCAAGAACGAGACCUUCAGUGUGACCCUGGAGCCCUUGUCCUUCAAGAGAGAGGAGGUGCUGAUCGGAGCGGGCGAGUACAUGGGCCAGCUGCUGGAGCAGGCCUUCCUGCACUUCUUUGUCACGGCUCGAGUCAACGAGACCAGGGAUGUUCUGGCCAAGCAGAAGUCCAUUGUGCUGACGGUCCCCAAGGUCAUCAUCAAGGUCCGUGGUGCUCAGGUCGUGGGUUCCGACAUGGUGGUGAUGGUUGAGUUCACCAAUCCUUUAAAAGAAACACUGCGCAAUGUCUGGAUCCGCCUGGAUGGCCCCGGAGUCACGAAACCCUUGAGGAGAAUGUUCCGGGAAAUCCGGCCCAACGCCACUGUGCAGUGGGAAGAGCUGUGUCGGCCCUGGGUCUCCGGCCCCCGGAAGCUGAUCGCCAGCCUGACUAGCGACUCCCUGAGGCACGUGUACGGCGAGCUGGACUUGCAGAUUCAGAGGCGACCUUCGAUGUAGACGCACGGGGGGCCGAGCUGGACCCAGGCACCUGGCCUCUUGUAGUCUCGGCUGAGGAAGUUCUAAUGCAAAAGUAGUCAGCUCUUGCUUUAACUUAGCUGUGAAGCCCUGGACAGGACUGGAGAGGGUCCCAGAGAGGUGACGGCGUGUAUUUCAAAGGCGCGCUUUUCAGUGUGGCUGUUCAAUGUGCAAGUUAGUUUUUAAUCACCCCACCUUCCAAAGGAUUCUGAGCAUUAGCUUUAAUUAAGGCCUAAUUAGGCUCUCGGAGCUCAUAAGAGUAAAAGUCAUCAUUUAUCAUCUCAAAUGGCUGCAGCUCCAACAUCAGAGGACUUCCUUUGCCUGGGGAUUUGCUCAAUACGUGGCCUCAUGUAAAACAGGGCUUCUCAUCCCCCUACUCAGCCUUUUGGGGAUCACGUACUCCCCAAACGGGAGGGAAGGACAUGAUUUGGGCCCUAGAAUUCUAUUCCCCUUUCUUGGAAUCAGGUUUUAGCCUCCAUAUCAGAAUAUUUUCCCCAGGAAUUGAGUGCAGCUUCAUUUUUCUUCUUGGCAAAGCCAGGGAAAGGUCUUCCAUCUUGCACCUGCGGCAAAGCGACCGCCUGCCAAAUUUCACAGAUUUACGUUGUGAGAAGAGGUGGCUCCAUAUUAACAAAUUGCAUUUGCGGGGAACUUAAUCCCUGAAGACGAGAUAAGAAAGCAGGUGCAAUACUCAGAUCUAUGAAAUAAUGUAGUUUUACAGGGCUUUUUAUAGGAGGCGUCACACCAUGGCCAGGACAGGAGGAACCAAUGGCCCUAACUUUAACCCUUUGGGGGCUGUAGUAUUAGAAAUUAACCAGACUGACUUAGGACAGUGGGGAUAAGGAAUGAACUUCCUUUAUUAGUGAUUAUACUUCACCUGUCUCCCUGGAAGCAUCUCCUUGGCACAAUGACCCAGGUCUAGGUACAGUUUUAGAGACAGAAUAAAGCCAACAAGUUGGAGAAGCUGGCAGAUUUAGUGACCAGAUGUGUAGAAGGGCAGCCACUAUUUCUCUCAUCCUUCACAUCACCCACGUUGAGACCUCAGCUCAGCACGCAAGUACUAGAAGCUGAUACAGACUCCACCCCGCAAACAGCCAGCGCUACUGUACAGCCGAUGACAGAGGACACGGGUGUCACUGGAAUUCGGCUCUAAGGUUCCAACAGGCAAGGCAACCAAAUAUGUAUCUGCAAGGCUGAUUGUUUUUGUCCAGAUUACCAAAUUGAUAUGCCUAGAGUGUGAUUUAGGUCAGUAAAUUGUGAUUCUUAGCAGAAGAAAGAAAAGAUGAAUAGUGAGAAGGAACCAGGGGAAACGCCAGAAGGGAAUUAUAUAUGGUCUCUGCAACCACAUUUCUAGGCUUUUGAGAUGGUUCCUGAGCCUUCAGCACUGGAAUCCAUGAGGGUUAGCCAGUCCCCUUCACAGACACCUCAUACCUAACUCUACUAAGUAAUCUCCCAGCAUUUGCCAAGGCUUCCAAUACUCAGUUCUAAAAUGAAAUGCAUUUUGCUGGACUGUUAAACUGGCUUACUGUAGUAUAUUCUUAUUAACUAGAAUGUA